AUGGCAGAUACCAAAGUGAAGUUGAAGCUUCUUGUUGACACACAAGCUAAAAAAGUCCUAUUUGCUGAAGCGGGGAAAGAUUUUGCGGACUUUCUCUUUUAUCUACUUUCUUUGCCUGUUGGCACUUUCGUUAGGGUUAUAGAAAAGAAAAGCAUGGCGGGCUGCCUAGGUAACCUUUACGACAGCAUUGAAAAUCUUUCCGAAACAUAUAUUCAACCAAACCAAAACAAGAGCUCUCUUCUAAAUCCCAAGUCUCCAAUUUAUGCUACCGAAAUACCCGUCUUGGUCUCUGAUCAUGAAUUGAAUAGCUCAAAGGUUUACAUGUGUCCACACAAUCAUUUGAACGUGGCUGAAAUUCCAGACUUGGUAUGUCCACAGUGCAAGGAGAAAAUGACCACUGAGGUUCCUUAUGUAAAUGCUAGUAGUAAUUCUGAGGCAACAAACACCACGACCGUGGCUGAGGGAGGGUUUGUUAAAGGGGUGGUGACUUACAUGGUAAUGGAUAACUUGGAGUUGCAGCCAAUGUCUACUAUAUCAAGCAUUACUUUGCUUAACAGAUUUAAUGUUAAGGAUGUGGGUUCACUUGAAGAGAAGGUUGUUGAUUUUGGUGUUGAAGAGGGUCUGAAGCUGCUGAAGGCAUCUUUGGAAUGCAAGACUGUUUUAACCACCGCCUUGGUGAGUUAUAUGGCGAGGGAUGAUUUGUCAGUGACACCAGCGUCAAAGAUAUGUGGCAUUGAUUUCCUACAGCAGAAUGUUAGGGAUACUAGUGCCCUGGAAGAAAGAGUUUUUGAAUUUGGCACUGACGAGGGAAGGAGUUCAUCUCUGGCUUCUUUAUAUUGUUUUUGA